AUGAGUAAAUACAAACAAAAACGAAGGCUUAACAAAUCCCCCGCGUAUAAGAGGAAUAAAAAAAAAUAUCCACCUGACCCGAAUAAACCAGACGAGGAUAUUAUUAAAGAAUCGAUCCAUCUACUUUACUUAGACAUUGAUAAAUUACUGAUUAAUUCAAAAAAAACUCGUCGUUACGAAAGACUAAGUAGGAAGGGAAUUACCGAAUUUGAAAAACCCCCACGUCCUCAAAAUAUAUUUAUUUUAUAUAGAAGAAAUAAAUCAGCCAGCCCUGAAUUUAAAAACAAGCUAAAGGUGGAUAAAAAAGUUAAACUUACAUCAAAAGAAAUAGGAAUUCUUUGGAACAAUGAAACGGAAGAAGUGAUAAAGUUUUUCUGCGCUCUUGAAAGGAUUGCCGAAAAAAAGCACAGAGAAAUUUAUGGGGAUAAUUAUAAAUUUGAAAAGAAGAAAAGUCAACCAAAAGAUCGAAAAAAUAAAAAUAAAAAAGGAUCUUUGAUAUCAUCCCAUUCUCCCCCAAUCGAAACACUUCCGAUACCAUUGCCAUAUGACCAACAGUAUGAUGGUCAAAUAAACACAUCUAACCCUAGCUCUAACCCUAACCCUAACCCUAACCCUAACCCUAACUCUAACUCUAAUCCUAACUCUAAUCUUAACUUUAACCCCAAUUUUGGAAAUACAAACGAACCAACCAUUCCUCAAAUAUAUGAGGGAAUCAACAUUCCUCAAGAGUAUGAAGGAACCGAAUUAGCAAACAUUCCUCAAGAAUAUAAAGGAAUCGAAUUAGCAAACAUUCCUCAAACAUAUAAUGAUUUUGAAUUAGCAAACAUUCCUCAGGCGUAUGAGGAAAUUGAAUUAGCAAACAUUCUUCAAACAUAUAAUGAUUUUGAAUUAGAAACCAUUCCUCAAACAAAUAAUAAUUUUGAAUUAGCAAACAUUCCUCAAACAUAUAAUGAUAUUGAAUUAGAAACCAUUCCUCAAACAAAUAAUAAUUUUGAAUUAGCAAACAUUCCUCAGGCCAAACAUUCUAAUAAUUUUGAAUUAGAUAAUAAUUUUGAAUUAGAUAAUAAUUUUGAAUUAGAAAACAUUCCUCAAACGUAUAAUGAUUUUGAAUUAGCAAACAUUCCUCAAACAUAUAAUAAUUUUGAAUUAGAUAAUAAUUUUGGAUUAGAAAACAUUCCUCAAACGUAUAAUGAUUUUGAAUUAGCAAACAUUCCUCAAACAUAUAAUGAUUUUGAAUUAGCAAACAUUCCUCAAACAUAUAAUGAUUUUGAAUUAAAAAACAUUCCUCAAACAUAUAAUGAUUUUGAAUUAGAAAACAUUCCUCAAACAUAUAAUGAUUUUGAAUUAGAAAACAUUCCUCAAACAUAUAAUGAUUUUGAAUUAGAAAACAUUCCUCAAACAUAUAAUGAUUUUGAAUUAGCAAACAUUCCUCAAACAUAUAAUGAUUUUGAAUUAGAAAACAUUCCUCAAACAUAUAAUGAUUUUGAAUUAGCAAACAUUGCUCAAAUGUAUGAUGAUUUAAAUUAG